AUGGAGCGUUUCAAUGAUUAUACUUUUGGAAGAAAGACAACCGUGUACACUGAUCAUAAGCCGCUGGUGUCGAUAGCCACUAAACCACUGAAUAACGUUCCUCGCCGUCUGCAGCGUAUGCUUAUCCGGCUCCAAAAGGAUGACAUUGACAUUGUGCACACACCUGGCACACAGAUGUUCAUCGCGGACACCCUGUCGAGAGCACAUCCGCCAGUGGCCGAACAUCAGCUAGAAGAGAUCGAGACAGUUAGCAUGGUGCAGCAUCUGGCAGUGACAGAAAACCGUUUGAAAGACAUAAGGCGUUUCACGGAGGAAGACCAAACUUUUGCAGCUUUGCGAGACGUUAUCCUCAGUGGGUGGCCAGAAACAAAGAAGCAGCUCCCGAAGGAAUUAACACCCUACUUCAAUUUUCGGGACGAACUCACUGUCUGUGACGGUCUGUUGUUCAAGGGAAGUCGAAUCCUAAUCCCUUCUUCUCUCCGAAAGGAGAUGCUGGAGCAUGUCCAUCGCGCUCACCUGGGUGCAAAUUACACCAUUAAUCGAGCAAGAGAACUGAUGUUCUGGCCAGGAAUGACAGGUCAGAUCAAGGAUCAUGUGUCUAACUGUGAGGCGUGCCGUUCACACGACAUUCGGCAAACGAAGGAACCGAUGAUGCUGCAUGAUGUUCCUUGA